UGAGCUUUUGUGUUGAAGAAGUCGGAAGUGAGAAGAGGACGCUUGUGGUUCACGGCGCUCUAUAAAACUGAAGUGUCAUCCCGCAUCCGUGACAUGACAGCAGACGUGCAGCGUGCUUCUCACAACUGAAAUUCACGGAAUAUCCGUCCUGAUUGUUCCAGAUCACCGUGGUUGUGUAUUCUCCCUCCAAAGCGCGUUAUUCCUCGGCUGUAUAGACUGUCAUGAGAUCAGUUUGGGCAUGGCGUCCUUCCCGAGUUACUGUAAGACGGCGGGAGCAGCGGAGGAUGAGAACGGAGAACCGGACCAGUCCUUGCAGCACAUGCUGAAAGCCAUCGCAGACGAGCGAAACCGACUGAAUAUUCGGCAGGAGAUCAGCGGGAUCGGGUGUUUUAAAGAUGACCGAAUUGUGUUCUGGACAUGGAUGUUCUCCACAUACUUCAUGGAGAAGUGGUCACCACGUCAGGACGACAUGCUGUUCUACGUGCGAAGGAAGCUCGCGUACGUCAGCGCUGACAACACAGAAGGGAAGAAGGUGGAGGUCGAGGUGUACAGAAGAGACUCAAAAAAGCUUCCUGGACUAGGAGACCCUGAUAUAGACUGGGAGGAGAGUGUAUACCUGAACCUCAUCUUACAAAAGCUGGACUACAUGGUCACGUGUGCAGUGUGUACACGCACAGAUGCAGGAGACAUCCACAUCCACAAAAAGAAGACACAGCAAGUGUUCGCUUCUCCCAGCAAGCACCCGAUGGACAGCAAGGGUGAGGAGUCCAAGAUGAGCUACCCGAACAUCUUCUUCAUGAUCGAUAACUUUGAGGAGGUGUUCAGUGAUAUGACUGUUGGAGAAGGAGAGAUGGUAUGUGUGGAGCUGGUGGCCAGCGACAAGUCCUCCACCUUCCAGGGAGUUAUCUUCCAGGGCUCCAUCCGCUAUGAGGCCCUCAAAAAGGUUUACGACAACAGGGUGAGUGUGGCUGCUAAAAUGGCCCAACGGAUGUCCUUUGGCUUCUACAAAUAUAACAACAUGGAGUUUGUGCGGAUGAAGGGCCCUCAGGGGAAAGGGCACGCCGAGAUGGCUGUGAGUCGAGUGCCGACUGGAGACACGUCACCCUGCGGCACCGAGGAGGACCAGGACUCGCCUUUGCAUGAGAGGGUGACGUCGUUCAGCACUCCCCCAACCCCCGAGAGAAACAGACCGUCCUUCUUCUCUCCCUCCCUGCGCCGCAAAGUGCCCCGAAACCGCAUAGCCGAGAUGAAGAAAUCCCACUCCGCCAACGACAGCGAGGAGUUCUUCAGGGACGAAGAUGAUGAAGACAUGUGUAACACCACAAACCUUCGCUCACGCUCUCUUUCGGGAACUGGCCGCUCACUCGUGGGCUCCUGGCUGAAGCUGAACAGGACAGAGGACUAUUUUCUGCUCUACUCACAUCUCACCUACAUCACUCUUCCUCUACACCGGAUAACUACAGAUAUACUGGAGGUGAGACAAAAGCCUAUUCUGAUGAUCUAGCGGCUCCUGAUUUCCUUAGAACUUGCGACUAAGUGCCUCUCCACAUCAGGCCCCUCAGACGACAGCGCCAUCUAGCAUCCAUACAGAGAACCAAAAAAAAAAAUCAAAAACCACCACUGACUAAAGGAGAGGAGAAGAAACGCGAGAACUGAGGACUUAUUAAAAAAAACCAGCCAAUCAAGAAGUGCCUCUUCCACCUGUUUUCUGUGACAGUCUGUAUGUGGACACAAGCGCAAAACAGCCUGAGUGACUGAACACCGUCUGAAAUGCCUCGUUCCAUCUGACCAGCUCAGGCUCGGAAGGCAGGACUGGCAAAAUGUCCCACCUGCGAGCAAAAGGGAAACGUAUCAAAGAAAAAAGAAAAAACACACACAUGCAAAAGAAUGUCUCUGUUCCUUGUAAAUACACUGCUGCUUAGAAUACUCAGUGAAUCUACCAACCAACACGACCCUCUCGGCCUUGUGUAAACAGACUCUGCUGGGUCUUUCAAUGUUGUUGAAUUGUGCGUAGUGCUUUUUUCCAAAGGCAAACAUACCCCCCUAAUCCCCUCCACCCAACCCCUCACCCUGCUUCAUCCCUAGGCCUUAACACCUCCUAACCAGCUAAAGUGAAAUCUGGACUCUGUUUUAUGGCCUAUUUCCCAGCACAGAGUCUGGAAAUGGAAAUGCUGGAUGUGUCUUAAGUUCAACCUUCUGGUUCACAUACAAAAAAAGAAAAGGGGAAAAAAAAAAAAAGCCGCACAAGUAGAUUUCUUUUCUUUUGUUAAAAACAGACAUUUGUAUCAUUUGCUCAUAUGUUUGGAGAUCGUUACUACCAUUGUGAUAUUUAUUAAUAGCUGUGAGGCAUUCGAGUGCAACGAUAAUACUGAAGCUGCAAGGUUUCCCUGAGGACAAUGUAAUACAGUUGAGCUGUUUGUACAUGUAAAACUACUACAUUUCAGAAACCCACAUACCUGUACCUGUCCUACAGAAGCCCUGAAACUCAAGUUGUGGGGGAAAAAAAAAAAAAAAAGUUAAAGGUGCUGUAUUGUCAUUUCAAAUGAAUAACUUCUUGUAUUAGAUCGUUCAUCUUGACUUAAUAUCUUAUUUCAAUAUAGUAUGUUGUUAUUUUAUAAAAUGAUCUCAUUAUUUAUUCUUAACAUAUUCUGAGUUAUCUUGUUAUCCUGACCCUACCUGAAGGCUUUUAAAUGAGUUACUAUCAUCGUAUUCUGUAUGUGUCCUUCUGGCUUACUAUCUGCAGCCUACAGAAAAAGAAUUACUUAAGCUAAUUAGUCUUACUGAUAGAUUGUAUGGUGUAACGUAAUCUCUAUAUAUCUCUAUAUAUGUUAAAAUAUGGUGUUUAAAAACAAAACAAAGCAAUCUAAUAUGUUGAAUAAUGAUUAUAACUAGACAUAACGUCCUGAAAUAAGUUAUUAAGUCAAAAUAAUGAAAAUUCCUUCAACUUUUUUUUUUUUUCCCCCCAACUUGCAAUUCAGGACCUUCACCCACUUCGUUUUUGUCUCGUGUGUUUUAUUCGAACCCAUGAACGUUUAAAGGAUUUUAGGGAUUCUUUAAACAUGAGCUGAAACUCUGCUCCUUUCUGUUCCUCCACUUCUGUCUUUCCUUGUAAAGUGUUUGAGUAUUUAAAGGGUUGUUGUCUUUCAAUACAUUUCUGUUAAUCAGUUGGCUUUGAAAAUGGCAAUGACUGACAAUGACGUGUUCAUGGAGGAAAUGAAGAACAAACCAGGAUUGUCAGUAUUAUGUUGAAUUUUGUGAGCUGAAUGUAUUCCUAGUGGCUUCUUUUUAAAGACGGCUUUAGUAACCAUUUGAUAUCUGAAAGGCAGCCUGAUUUUAUUUAUUUUUUUUUUAAAUGCUUCAGAAUUCACUUUCUUUGUAUUUCUUCGUAUUUCUUUAUUUUAUUUUAUUUUUAGUAGGCUGUAGAAGCCCAUGUCAACCAAAUAGAAAGCUCUUCAAGGAGGUCUUGUGAUACAUACACAGUUCUUUAUUAGCUUAAACCACGUUUUUGUAUUCAGUUUUUAAGAACUACACGUGCAUGUUUAUCCUAUAUUUAUGUUACACCGUUAAUAAUUGUACAUUUUCUUUACCUCUUAUUGGAAUACAAAUUACAACAAAAAAAAAGAUUUGAAUUUAUGAACUAUGUACAUAUGGGAAAGACAAGAAAAUGUCCAAGUCAAGAGCACACAGGGGUGAACCAUUCAACACCUUAUAGUAAGAUGUGCAAAGGUAAGACUAGAUGUGACAAUUUUGGAAAACCGUGUGUUUGUGUGUGUGUUUAUUUCAGGUAUCCUGUUCUACAUUGGAUUUUUUUCUCCAUCAUACACACUAAUAUGAUGGCAUGGCUUUAUUCAACCACAUAAAAGUUUGUCAUUGUGGCAUAUGCAAAUACUGAGCACAAUACCGGCUAUAGCUAUAAUUAUACCGUCCAAUUUUAUCAUCCUGCAGGAACAUGCAGUUCUUUACUUUAAUUUCAGACUUGCACCAGAUUAACUGUGGCCGUUGCUUUAAAUACUUCCCCAUACUAAUCAGUACUUUGUUUAUAUAUCAAACAUGAGCACAAAAGCUAGAAGGCAUAACAUUAUGAGCACUGAGAGGUGAAGUGAAUAAGACUGAUUAUCUCAUCAUGGCACCUGUUAGUGGGUGGGAUAUAUUAGGCAGCAAGUGAACAUUUUGUCCUCAAAGUUGAUGUGUUAGAAGCAGGAAAAAUGGGCAAGCGUAAGGAUUUGAGUGAGUUUGACAAGGGCCAAAUUGUGAUGGCUAGACGUCUGGAUCAGAGUAUCUCCAAAACUGCAGCUCUUGUGGGGUGUUCCCGGUCUGCAGUGGUCAGUAUCUACCAAAAGUGGUCCAAGGAAGGAACAGUGGUGAACCGGUGACAAGGCCAUGGACGGCCAAGGCUCAUUGAUGCACAUGGGGAAUGAAGGCUGGCCCGUGUGAUCUGAUCCAACAGACGAGCUACUGUUGCUCAAACUGCUUAAUGCUGGUUCUGAUAGAAAGGUGUCAGAAUACACAGUGCAUGACGGGUCAGGGCUGUUUUGGCAACAAAAGGGGCACCAACACAAUAUUACGCAGGUGGUCAUAAUGUUAUGUCUGGUUGAUGUACAUCACCACUGUAUGUUCACAUUCAGAUAGUUUUGUCUCCAUACCAAGAUCAGGCUCCAAUUGCAAACUGUCCAAAAUAAAUAAAGGUU